AUGGCCACCCCUCCUAGAGUUAUCGUCGUCGGUGGUGGAUUGUCUGGUCUCAGUGCCGCCCACACUGUCUACCUAAACGGUGGAAACGUUCUUGUUCUAGAUAAGCAGUCUUUCUUCGGUGGCAACUCGACCAAAGCUACCUCGGGUAUCAACGGUGCCCUCACGCGCACUCAAGUCGACUUGGGAAUCCCCGACAGCGUCAAGACUUUCUACGAAGACACCCUCAAAUCCGCCAGAGAUAAGGCUCGCCCCGAGCUCAUCAAGGUCCUCACAUACAAGUCCGCAGCUGCGGUGGAAUGGCUGCAGGAUGUUUUCAACCUCGAUUUGACUCUUGUUUCUCGUCUCGGUGGCCACUCUCAGCCCCGGACACAUCGUGGCCACGAUGCCAAGUUCCCUGGAAUGGCCAUCACCUACGCUCUUAUGCAGCGGUUAGAAGAGCUCAACGAGCAGGAACCCGACCGUGUCCAGAUUGUCAAGAAGGCCCGCGUUACCUCAGUCAACAAGUCCGGAAACACUGUGACUGGUGUUACUUAUGAGCUCAAUGGUGAAUCUCACUCCGCAGACGGUAUCGUUGUCCUUGCCACUGGUGGCUAUGCUGCCGACUUUGGUGAUGGGUCGCUUCUGAAGCAGCACCGCCCUGACACCUUCGGCCUGUCCAGUACCAACGGUACUCACGCUACUGGUGAUGGUCAGAAGAUGUUGAUGGAAAUUGGUGCCAACGGCAUCGACAUGGACAAGGUCCAGGUGCAUCCUACGGGUCUUGUUGACCCUAAGGACCCUACUGCUAAGUUUAAAUUCCUUGCUGCUGAAGCUCUCCGUGGUGAGGGUGGUCUCCUGCUCAACUCGGAUGGCCAGCGGUUCUCGGACGAGCUGGGCCACCGUGACUAUGUGUCCGGCCAGAUGUGGAAGGAGAAGGAGAAGGGUAAGUGGCCCAUCCGUCUUGUGCUCAACAGCAAGGCCUCCAACGUUCUGGACUUCCACACUCGCCACUACUCCGGCCGUGGAUUGAUGAAGAAAAUAACUGGCAAGGAGCUGGCUAAGGAGAUCGGCUGCGGGGAGGCUGCUCUGCAGAAGACCUUCACCGAGUACAACGCCAUCGCCGAUGGCAAGAAGAAGGACCCCUGGAACAAGCGUUUCUUCCACAACAUGCCCUUCGACAUCAACGAUGACUUCCACGUGGCCCUGAUGGAGCCCGUCCUGCACUUCACCAUGGGUGGUAUCGAGAUCAACGAGCACGCCCAGGUGCUCAACUCGGAGAAGAAGCCCUUCGAGGGUCUCUACGCCUGCGGUGAACUGGCAGGUGGUGUCCACGGCGCCAACCGUCUGGGUGGCUCUUCCCUUCUGGGCUGCGUGGUCUACGGUCGUGUUGCCGGCGACAGCGCCAGCCAGCAUCUCUUCCAGAAACUGGUUUCCGGCGGUGUCUCCAGCGCUCAGCAGCGUCUGGGUCAGAUCUCCUUGCACAUCGACCCCUCUACCCCCGGCAAGAUCUCCGUCGAGUGGGGCGGUGCAGGUGCCGGCGGUGCCCAAGCUACCGUGGGUGCCCCCGCAAGCGCAGCCCAGACCCCCGCUGCUCCCGCCGCCGCCGCCGCCGCCGAGACCGGUCCCAAGAAGUUCGAGAUCCCUUCCACGGAAUACUCCAUGGAGGAGAUCGCCAAACACAACAAGAAAGAUGACCUAUGGAUCGUCGUCAAGGGUGUUGUCUUGGACGUGACCAACUGGCUGGAUGAGCAUCCCGGCGGAGCCAAUGCUCUCUUCAACUUUAUGGGCCGUGAUGCCACAGAAGAAUUCGCCAUGCUCCAUGACGACGAGGUUAUUCCCAAAUAUGCAUCGCAGAUUGUCAUCGGCCGUGUCAAGGGCCAGACCCCUACUCUAGAGAUCUAG